UGUCCCUCGGACACAGCGGAUCAUGGAAAGAGUCAAAGAUGUCGGCUCGGUCAUGUGAUCAGCUGUGUCCAAUCACAGCUGAUCACAUGUGCACUGAUCAUCAGGGCACUGAUGAUCAGUGUGCCCUGAUGAUCAGUGUGGCCCCAGAAGUGCCACCUGUCAGUGUCCAUCAGUGCCAGCAGUCAGUGCUCAUCAGUGCCGUGUGCCAGUGCCCAUCAGUGCCACAUCAAUGCCAUAUAUCAGUGCAUACCAGUGCACAUCAAUGCCACAUAUCAGUGCCCAUCUGAGCUGCCUUUCAAUGUCACCUAUUAGUGCCAGUCAGUGCCACCUAUCAAUGUCAAUCAGUGCCACCUAUCAGUGCCAGUCAGUGUCACCUAUCAGUG